AAUCACGCUCUUGAUCUCUUCUCUCCCUCAUGGACUCCUCCUCUCAUUCCCUGUUCCUUAUUCUAUCCCUCUAAUCUUCCCGCAACCAUGACUCCCCCACCCCGAUCCCAUCCCAUCAUUAAUCCUCCACCUGCUCCCGCCUCCCUCCUUUCCUCUUCCAUGCCGCCCUCCGGCCCCAGCCCCGGUCCCGCGGGCCCCCAACGCGCCCCCCCCUCCGCGCGCGCCCGCCCCAGCCCCAGCCCCAGCCCCAGACCCUGAUCUUUGGACCCGCCGCCGCUAUCAUGGCCGAAUCCGGCAAGAGCGAGCAGAUCAUCACCCAAUUCUUUCUCAAGGUCCUCCACGCCGUCCUCGGCUCCCGGAUUCCCCACCGCCACGGCGCCGCCCCACCGGACCCCGCCCGCGCCCGCAAGCGCGACCGCUGGUUCAACCUCGCCCUCGGCGACCUCCCCCUGGCUUUCGACCACCCCCACCACAGCGUCAUGGACCCCCUCAUUAUCGACAUCAUCCUCACCCCCCGCCCCCCCGCCGACCUCCCCGAGGCCAUCGUCGAGCGAUGGACCGCCCAGUGCGAGUCCUGGAACGCCCCUCACUCCCCGGACAACUCUCCUUCUUUUCUUUACAGAAGGACCUACAAGAAAUCGAUCCUCCUCCUCCGAUCCCUCUACUGCUUCCUCCGCCUCCUCCCCGCCUACCGGGUUUUCCGAAUGCUCCGCUCCUCUAACCAGUCUCACAAUUACGAUCUUAGCUAUAGAGCUUUGUCUUUCGCCGAGCCGUUCUCGAGGGAGGAGGAGAGGGAAUUCAAGCUGCACAGCUUCACCCCGGUGGAGACCCAAUUUGGCCAGCUCAUCGUGUCGGUGCAGUAUCGCCCGAGCCUCUCGGACUUCAAUCUCGAGGCCUCGUCGCUCCUGCCCCCGAUGAUCAUAACAGAUUACGUUGGUAGCCCUGCCACGGAUCCCAUGAGAGCCUUUCCUUCUUCGCCCUAUGAAAGGGGAGCCCGGCCGAUAUCGUUUCCGCUGAGAGGCGUCCGGACGUCGGCUACUCCUUCGGCUCCCCGGCCGCAUAGCUGGACGAGCGCGCCGUUGGUGCACCAUCCCUUGAGUUCGUUUCCUAUUCCGGCUUCUCCUCCCGAUGGAUAUGGGAAUCGGAUUCCGAGCCAGCGUCCAACGACUCAUAGGAAGGGUAGUUUUAGUUUCGACGAGUUUAAGUUCUCUCCGCCUUUCUCCUCACCAUCGCCCACUCCGUCACCGCCGGCGCAAGGCAGCAGUUAUCUGCAUUCUCAUCUGCGCUCUGAAACUGCACCGUUGAGCAUACCGCAGCCCCUGACGGGGAAGAGCCGGGUGCAUAGCAGUCCUAUUCUUUCAGAUCCAACCAAAAUCUUCUUGCCACCACCAUCUCCGAGGAGCAUGAGGACGGAUCUUUCAUCUCAGAAUUCACCUUUGGAGAGUAGAUCUUUUCGAAAGUCUGAAGGAUUGAGGGCUGGAGAUAUCUACUCAAACUUGCAAUGGUAUACAGCUCAGAAGGUGGGAAUUAGAUCAUUGUUCCCCAGUUCUUUUGGAACUUCUGUUAUAUCAUCAGUGGAUGAGACAAAAUCAAAGAAGAGCCUAAUGCAUAUCAAGACCCGAGACACAUUGAUAUCUUCAAAUGGAGAGUAUCCUCUGGAAGGAACUUGUUCGACAUGGUCGUUGAUCAUGAAUAUAUCAAGACUGUUUCAACAAAGGUGGUAGAAAACUCGACUUAAAAGUGGAACCUAGAUUCUUUCCAUCUGAACAAGCAUAAUUGAUUAACCCUAACCGGGCUAUUUGGCAAAGUAUCUUCUUUUUCUGCAGUUUAAUAGGAAGACCAAUGGGUAUUCAAUGUUCUGGGAUGGCCAUGGUUGUUUAUAGGGGUUUUAAUUGUAACUUCUGAGUCAAUUUCUACUCAUGCAAACAUCAAUCACAGAGAUAUAUGGAUCGCUGAUAUAAUACCUAGACUAAAAAAAUUGAAGGACUUUGUCCCUAUUCAGGAGAUUGCAAGAAUGCUUUAUCCAUAAAUGAACAAGAUCUUGGACCAUAACCAGGAUUAUUGUAAUUGAUAAGUGUAUUUGAAGUGGCAAAAUUUGACAUAUGGAGGAUCAGAAAGACCUUUAGAUUGAAUGGACAAAACCAUAAAAUCUAGAAGGUACCGACAAAAUGCAUGUCUUGAUACACCCAUAUAUCAUAUUUUUCUGAAAUUAUUGCAAGGUCAUUUCAAGAUAUAGAACUAUUUUAUUUUGAUGCUUGGUCAAAGCGUUGGUUUAAUUUUAAAGUCAAAUUUAUUUUGAUUGUUAGAUAUAUUGGCUUUGGUAAGUCAUUUGUUUGGUUCAGCAGUCAUGUGGUAAACUUAUUGUUGUAAUUAAAUAGCCUUUAGGUGUUGCUUGUUGUUGGAACUUGGAAAUCUAUACGUAUUACCAAGAUAAUUGUUGU